AUGCUCGACCCCAUAGACAGCUGCAACGACCCCCUGAUCUUUAUGCAUCACGCCUAUCUGGACAAGUUGUGGUGGGAGUGGCAAAUGGCCAACUACCCGCAUCGCCUGUACGAUAAGGGCGGCAAUAACACGGCACCUCAGUACAUCCUUGAUCAGGCCGGUCUAUCGCAGCCUGGAGCUAAUAUCCUAGAUUCUGACGGGGGUGCGGGAAGCACGACGACGCUGAACCAUACGCUCUGGAUGAACACAGUUGUAGCCAAUACUACAGUUGGGGAGGUCAUGCAUCUGAACGGGUCGGUGGUAUGUGCGGAGUAUGUGAUCGAUACUAAAGCGACGAGGUAUAAUACCAGUAUCCGGACAUAUGGACAUUAUACUUCAGAGUUUUAG